AUGCAAAAUUUUCCACAUGAUCAUGCUCGAUCACGUGCGUAUCGGUGGGGGGAAGAUGGACUGCUGGGUAUUGCUGAUCGUGAAUGUCGUCUAUGUUUUUCAUUUGCGUUAUGGAAUGGAAAAGAUGGAAUAUUGAAAGAACGGCUAUUUGGACUGUCUGGACCAGAAGGAAAUCAUGGCGAAGAUGUUAAAGAAGAAUAUUUUUAUUUGGAUUCGACGCCCACCCAUUCGUAUAUGAAAGGUCUCUACAAAUAUCCACAAAGUGCUUAUCCCUAUUCACGACUUGUCGACGAAAACGGACGUCGAAGCAAGUAUGAGGCAGAAUAUGAACUUGUUGAUACCGGUGUGUUUAAUGAAAAUCGUUAUUUCGAUGUAUUUGCCGAAUAUGCAAAAAAUGAUCCUGAAGAUAUUUUAAUUCGUUUGACCAUCAUAAAUCGAGGACCAGAUACAUCAACUGUUCACGUUCUACCAACAUUGUUCUUUCGUAAUACCUAUAGUUGGGAAUGCACUCAUGAAGGUUGCCAUAUGAAACCGAAAAUUAUUUUGGAGGAUGAUAUGUUACGCACAAAACAUGACACACUCGAACCAUUUUUGUUUGAUGUUGGUAAGGAUUCUGAUGGUAACACACCCCCUAUUCUUUUUACUGAUAAUGAGACAAACACAAAACGAUUGUAUGGUAUUGAUAACUUAAAUCCAUACGUCAAAGAUGCUUUUCAUUCCUACAUUAUUGAUAAAAACGUAAACGCUGUUAACCCGAAACAACGUGGAACAAAAGUCGCUGCACACUAUAUUCUUUCGUUAGAACCAGGUGAAUCAAAAGCAAUCCAUUUACGCUUAUGUAUAGCACCGAAAGAUGGUAAAUUAGUUAAAUUAGACCAGAAAACAUUUGACAAUAUAUUUAAACAACGUAUUGAGGAAGCGGAUCUGUUUUACGGUUCGGUUAUUCACAGUAAAUUAACAAAUGAUGAAGCAAAUGUUGUUAGACAAGCCUAUGCUGGACUAUUGUGGUCAAAGCAAUUUUAUCAUUAUGUCGUCGAAUAUUGGAAGAAAGGUGAUACAGGUGAAGCACCACCUCAAAGACGCCUAGAGGGACGCAACGCUCAAUGGGAUCAUUUAUUUAGUCGUGAUGUUAUUUCGAUGCCAGACAAAUUUGAAUAUCCGUGGUUCGCAUCGUGGGACUUGGCAUUCCAUAUGAUCCCGUUUUCCACAAUUGAUGAAAAUUUUGCCAAAAGUCAAUUGCGUCUGUUUGUUCGUGAAUGGUAUCUUCAUCCGAAUGGACAGAUGCCUGCCUAUGAAUUUAACUUCAGUGAUGUGAAUCCACCCGUUUUUGCAUGGGCAGCAUGGCGCGUGUAUAAAAUAGCUAAUCAUAAAGAGAAAAGAGAUCGUAGUUUCUUGGAAAGUGUAUUUUUAAAAUUACUGCUGAACUUUACAUGGUGGGUCAAUAAAAAAGAUGUUGAUGGAAAAAAUUUAUUCGGUGGUGGAUUCUUGGGUUUAGAUAAUAUUGGCGUAUUCGAUCGUUCAGAACAGCUACCUCAAGGUGGUUCAAUACAACAAUCUGAUGGUACCGCAUGGAUGGGCUUCUAUGCUCUUACGCUACUGGCAAUAUCGUUAGAUCUUGCCAAAGAUGGUGAAAAAGUUUUAGAACCAUUUGAGGAUAUGGCGUCAAAAUUUUUCGAACAUUUCGUGCAGAUUGUCGACGCCAUGAAUUGUAUGGGUGGAACAGGUCUGUGGGAUGCAGAAGACGGGUUCUAUUAUGAUCAGGUGAAGUUGUCUGAAACGGGUAAAGAAAUUCGUUUGAAAUCUCGUUCACUUGUGGGCAUUAUCCCCCUAAUUGCCGUAUCCGUACUGGAAGGCGAUAAAGUCGAUUUAUUACCAGGAUUCAGGAAAAGAUUCGAAUGGUUUUUGAAAUACAAACCAGAUUUAAAAGCGCACAUUGGCUCUCGCAAAUCAACAAAAUCUGAAGGUCAUUGUAGUUAUUUACUGUCAAUUCCAUCUCGUGAGCAGCUUCAACAAAUGUUAAAAGUGAUAUUAGAUGAAGACGAAUUUUUAUCACCUUAUGGUCUUCGCUCACUGUCGAAAUUUCAUGAAAAACAUCCCUAUAUUUUUGAAGCACACGGUGAUAAACGAUCCAUCAAGUAUGAACCGGGCGAAUCAGAAAGUGGAAUGUUCGGCGGAAAUUCAAAUUGGCGUGGACCAAUAUGGACGCCGAUCAAUUAUCUUGUUAUUGAAGCUCUCGAACGUUAUCAUCUUUAUUAUGGUGAUGAUUUUCAAGUAGAAUGUCCAACACGAAGUGGAAAUAUAAAAAAUUUAAAAGAAGUUGCUAGUGAAUUAUCUUUUCGACUUUCAAAAUUAUUACUACGUGAUGAAAACGGACAUCGACCAUGUUUUGGUGAUGAUAAACGUUAUCAAUCGGAUCCACACUGGCGAAAUCUACUACUAUUUCACGAAUAUUUUCAUGGUGAUUCUGGUAAAGGUUUAGGUGCAUCUCAUCAAACGGGAUGGACAGCUCUCAUAUUACGUCAUAUUCAAGACUUGGGAAAAGAGCGCGAGGAAAAGCACGAUUCGAAAUAA